UCUCACUCCAUCCCUCUCUCUCUCUAUUCUUUAUCUCACACACUGUCAGGAUGCUUAUGGAUACAUUAGUGGCAUUAAGGCCGCGCGACAUUCCUCCUCGCGGAUAAACUCUUUCACUAAAACACAAACACCCACACACGCGCGCGCGGGCGUUCAUCCUGCGCUCUCUCCCUCGCGCCCCGAUGCUCCAUCUCCCCGCGCUCUCCUUCAGCCCGCAGCAGGUCGCGCGCGUCUGCGAGACCCUGGAGGAGAGCGGGGACGUGGCGCGACUUUCGCGCUUCCUCUGGGCGCUGCCGCCGGACCCACAGCGCGAGACCGAGGCGGUGGUGCGCGCGCGCGCCGUGGUGGCGUUUCACGCGGGAGAGUACGGGGAGCUGUACCGGCUCGCGCAAAGUCGCAGCUUCUCCACGCCGGAGUCGCGCGCCUCCCUGCAGCGCCUGUGGCUCGAGGCGCGUUACCGCGAGGCGGAGAGCGCGCGCGGCCGCCCGCUUGGCGCGGUGGACCGGUACCGCGUGCGCAGGAAGUUCCCCCCGCCGCCCACAGUCUGGGACGGAGAGCGGCGCGCGCACUGCUUCCGGGAGCGAGCCCGGCGCGUGCUGCGGCAGAGCUACCUGAGGGAGCCCUACCCGGACACGCGCGCCAAGAGCGAGCUGGCGCGCGCCACCGGACUGACGGCUACGCAGGUGGGAAACUGGUUCAAGAACAGGAGACAGAGAGACCGAGCAGCAGCCAACAGGAUACAGGCGGAGGUUCUGUCCGGCGGCUCAGUCCAGUCUCUCCUGGGGGAUGAUGAAGGUCCUGUAGACCCUCUGAGUGAUUCAUCUGGCCUGGGACCCUCAAACAAUGUCACUGUGGCCUUCUCCACUGUCUCCAUCAGCUCCAGUGACAGUGAGUGUGAAGUGUAGGACUGGAGCCAGUGGUUUCGGACACACAGGUUUGAGAGUCUGGCUAAAAUGGACUGAGUUUAAAGGAGCACGUCAGUGUUUUUCAGCCUGAUCUCUAUUUGUGGCUCCUGUAGUGCAUUUCCCACAGUCAGACAAUCACAAUUAUUUCAACACUGUGCACUGUGUACCCCUUUUGUUACUGGGAUGGCACCUUCAAGGGCAUCUUUUGGUUAGUUUGCUCAUCAGCAAACUGUGGUACCUAAAUCUGAGAUAACUUUUCAGUUAAGUUAAUCCGGCUCCCCAAGGGCCUCAAUGAAUUUGUGUGUUUAAAAACUCCAGCAGCACUGCUGUAUCUGAUACACUUGUACCAGCACAACGCACACACUAACACACUAAUCACUACCUAUCAGUGUCACUUCAAUGCUAAGAAUGACCUGUCUGUAAUCUUACAACUUCAAAAUAAUCCUAUAUGCUCUGUGGAGCUGAUAAGAUGAUCUACCUGAUUAUCUAUUUAAUCACAACCUCAAUUUAAUGCUAAAAGCUAAAAAAAUCUGUAUUAUACAGAUAAUACUGUAUAUCAGAAUGAUUUCCCAAGGAAUUUAAUUUUGUACAGGUAAACUUAAAGCCUAUUUUGGUGCUUUUGGCAUAAGAUAAGUUUUAUCCGUGCAAAGAGCUCAGACAUGAGGUGCCCUGAAGGAUUCUUUCGCUAAACUCUGCCUGAGGAGCGAUAGACUCUAAAGGAGUAAAUGGAGGAGACAGUCUGCCUGAAGAGCCUUAGUGCCUGUACAAGGCCAAAGACCAAGCUCUACAAGAGGCCAGAGGGGGAUGGACACACAGCAUGGCCAGACUGAAGCACUAUUUCAUUUUCUAUUUUUGUCUUUUUGGACAAAUUUACAAUUUGUUUGUGUGUUGAAAUGACUUUUAUUGUUUUUUUUUUGUGUGUGAAAACAAUGGGAUAAUACAAAAAGACCAAGUCA